AUGAUUCGUAGCUAAAAACAGGGGCCAUCGGAGAAUAAUAAACGAAACAAAAAUAAUGAAAACAAUGAAACUUAAUAUUUAAGAUUAUUAAUAAUCAUUAAAAAAAAGGUAAUAACUAGGCUGGUCUUUUAUAACUAGAGCCUAGACUUUUCAUCCCUUUAACUAUUAAGUGUGCACAGAGGAUAAACAGUCUCGAUAAAAAAGGCCUAUGAGAUUGAGUUUUAAGCCAGCAAAAACUUGGGUUAAUUGGACAUUCUAGUUUAUUAAAUUUUUCGUUAGAGAUAUUGGAUCAAGAUAUAAAGUAGAAAGGACUCUAAAGGAUGUAUCAAACUUCAGAAACUCUCUCUUUUAAAAGAAAGAUGGAAGAAGAAAGUUGAUUUUGAAAAUAAAACUUAAAUCGAAAAAAAGGUAGAAAGCAUUUUGACGCUAGAAGAAAUCUAAUCAUAUCAAAAUGAAUAGUGGUGCCAUUUUGUUUUCCCUAAUUUUGCCAGACACAUAUUGAAUACUGAUUUUGGAACCUAGUCAGCAGCUUAUGGACUAAGGAGAACUAUAUCAUUUUAGUUUUAAGAUAUUCAAGGAUCUCGGGAGCAAUUUCAUAAGGAUUAAAAAAUAUAAAUUUCUAAACUUAGAGAGGAGAAUUUUAAAUUAAUAAGAAAUGAGUAAAAUAUAAUACAUGAAUUUAUGAUGGUAGAGAAAAGGAAUGAAGAGUGAG